UGUGAAGCAAUGCAUGACCAUGGUCAAGUUUGUCGAUUGUCCACUCGGUAUCAGUCAGUCCAAAGCAGUGAUCGCUGACAAGAAGUUCAUGGACAUUCUGUUAACGCCAAACGAAUUCAUGGAGUCAACGAAUGUAACCAAAAUGGUGUCUGAAGAAAACCCGAGCGAUGAAGUACUUUAGAUGGAAAUCUGUCGAAGUGCUCCAAAAUAAAAUGCGACGAAAUGUAAAGAAGUAAACAGGAAAGAACAGCCAUUGAAGCGCAAAUAAUCAUAACGAAGAAGGAACGAAAGAAAUUGUAACCAAUAAGGACACAGAUGAAAAACGAAUAUAGAAUAAAGUAAUUACAAGAAAAUUUAAAGCAACAAAACAAAUUAAACUAUAAAAAUGAUAUACAAAAAGAAUUUAAGAGAACAUGUAAAACUAUAAAAUAGUAAAAGAUUGACAAAAGAGAAUUAUGUACAAUGAAUAUAGGAAGUUUUUUGUAUUUUAUGUUAUGGAUCGUUUUUGCUCUGUGUAGUGCCGCUCUAAAUAUUUUCAAUAUUGACUGGCACAAGACAAGCAUACCACAAGGUAUUAUUCUUGUCAUUGUGCUUGGAAUCCUACAAGGAUCUGUUUACGAAUUCCCCGUGCAGACGAUCGCCACAUUGAUUGUCGGCGGCAACAGAAGGAAAAACCCAACGGCUGAAGGCGACAAUUUAACGCUCAUUCUCAACUAUAACUUGUUAGCAGUUACAGUUGAUGAUAUUGAAGAAUGUUUCCAGACAAUGUUUCAAGCAUUCAUGGGCAAUUUAUGUUUCAAUGUAUCUGCUGUUCUUGUUAGUGCAACUUCGAAAGAAAAUCUCAUAUCACGUGAGUUAGAAUGCCGCGAUAAAUACCGGAAGUUAAUAUACGAUGAACUUUUCAAAGAAGGUGUCUGUUUCGCUAAUGGCUACUAUGACGAUAUCAACCAAGACCGUUUUAAGAACGUAUGGAUGUAUUACCAAUACUGUCCAGGGAAUAUUUUCAUUCAUCAACACCUUGAUUCAAUAUGUGAUCGAUUUGCACGAGAAUUUAUGGUAAUUCACCGCACCAGUAAAGUUUUACGUAAAUGUGGACAAUAUCAAGACCUAAUGUUGCUAUCUGAGGGAGAAUCUUUUGCUUAUACAUAUACUGACACGAAAUACUAUGGAAAGAUGGCCCGUCCUUAUAACCAGCCCACCUUUUACUAUUCAGCUGACGUGCAAAAUAUAUUUAACCGGCGAUUUGAUUACACCUUAGUAUUGGAUGCCGAUACAGGGGUUCCCGAUGGAACGGUAGAAAAGCUUCUCGGGAUAGCUGCAGCAAACCCAGAGAAAGGGAUCAUCCAACCAUCUAUAAAACUAAGUCGCGAUGAAAACGAUACCAUUUACAUGAGACUGGAAGCGAUGAGACAAAUGAUCUACGAGCCAAUGACAAAUGCUGUCACAGCAUUACUUGGUCAGUGUGGUUUCUUCGGAAAAGGGCUCAUCAAAAACCGUAUAUACAUCGAAAAUAUAAUCGGGGAUAGAGACAAUCUAAUUGAACGUGUUCCUAUCGAUGUUCUUAGUCACGACACAUUUGAAGCAGCUUUACUCAAACCUUACUAUGCCGGCUCAGUGUUCUUACUGGAAGCUCCCAGUUUUAAUUACGUUACAUGGAACAUUCGAGAACGACGUUGGAAUCGAGGUGAGGUUAUAUUAUCCAUGUACUUCUGGAAAAAUACGAUUGGUGUAAUUUUUAGGAGCUUACAGAAAGUUUUUCAAAGGGAUAAGUUUAAUAAAACAGUUCUGAGGACCGAAAGUAAACUUGAUUUCGUUACGGCUUAUAUUGCCCAUUCGGCAUUAAGACAGAUGUUGAUGAAACCUUUCUUACUUAUAUUUAUUUGUUUACACGUUGGUAUAGACCUAAGGUAUCCGCAUGCACCAAUCUUUAUAAUCAUGUUCUUGGUUCUUGUUUUCCCUAAAUUUGCUACGUGUACCAAAUCAAACGCUAAAUACAUCAUUAUAGAAAUUUUGACAUCAUUUUUACAAUUUACGCCUGAAGCCAUUGUUGGUUGCGUACGCAUCUUUCGUGCAAUCCAGGCGAAUAUUUCCGCCAAUUGUAAAUGGAUUCCACAAAGAUCUGUCGAAGAAGAAUUUAAAAACUGUAAUCCUUUCCUCUCCAGUCUGAAACACUUAUGGAUGUACACUUUAUUGGCCGCUGUUGUUGCUCCGGUGGUAGUGAUUUUUGUCCCAAGUUCAAGCAUUAUUCUCUGUAUGUUGAUCACUUUAUUUCUUCUUCCGCUGUUUACUGGGCUAACAUCACUAACUAUGGACCUGAAAUCCUCCCGAAGUGUAAUUUCAACUUCAAAGCAGCACCUACAAGUUAGUGUUCUUGGAAGUACUAGCAGUCUGACUUUAGGUUUAAAAACGACAUCUAUCAAUUCUACGGGUGCUUACCUAAACCAGACAUAUGAUGAUAUGUGGUAA